CCGAGAUAGAGAUAGGUUGGCGGGUCUGUGAUGGUGGCACCUGCUAAAAAGUAGACACUUCUAAAAUUCAGUUGUCUCCGUUCUGUGUCAUCCUGAGUACUAUGAAAAGGGAAAUAGUUAACUCAAGAGGGAUUGUUUUUAUUUCGUGACAUAUCUGUGAUACAUUGGAAAUUCUAAAGAUUUAGUCGGUUUAGUGGUAGCGAAGCGUGUAGGGAAAGAAAAGUGGUUCGUGUCUAGUAGUUACGUCAAAUUUUCUACUAGUUGGCUGAAUAUAAUAUGGCCGCCUGAAGAAGGAAACAUUUUCAUGCCUUUUGUUGUGUGAAAUUUCGAUUAUCGAACGAAUAUGGAGUUAAGAGUGGGCAACAAAUACAGACUGGGCCGAAAAAUCGGUUCCGGGUCCUUUGGAGACAUUUAUCUGGGAACCAACAUAUCCACUGGCGAGGAGGUGGCAAUAAAGUUAGAAUGUAUCAAAACCAGGCAUCCACAGCUCCACAUAGAAUCAAAAUUUUACAAAAUGAUGCAGGGGGGAGUCGGCAUCCCUCAAAUAAAAUGGUGCGGAUCAGAGGGCGACUACAACGUCAUGGUUAUGGAGCUUUUAGGCCCUUCUUUGGAGGACCUCUUCAACUUUUGCUCGCGACGGUUCUCCCUAAAAACUGUCCUACUGCUCGCCGAUCAGCUGAUCUCCCGCACCGAUUUCAUACACUCGCGGAAUUUCAUCCAUCGCGACAUCAAACCCGACAACUUCCUGAUGGGCCUGGGGAAAAAAGGCAACCUUGUCUACAUCAUCGACUUCGGCCUCGCCAAGAAGUACAGGGACAGCAGAACCCACCAGCACAUACCCUACAAAGAGAACAAGAAUUUGACAGGUACUGCGAGAUACGCCAGUAUAAACACCCAUUUGGGCAUAGAACAGUCGAGACGCGACGACUUGGAAUCCCUAGGCUACGUUUUAAUGUACUUUAAUAGAGGCUCGUUGCCCUGGCAGGGCCUGAAAGCGGCCACGAAAAGGCAAAAGUACGAAAGGAUUUCGGAAAAGAAAAUGUCAACGCCAAUUGAAGACUUGUGCAAAGGCUAUCCCGUAGAAUUUCCCACGUACCUAAUUUAUUGUCGCCAAUUAAGGUUCGAAGAACGACCCGACUAUAGUUACUUAAGGCAAUUAUUUAGGACGCUGUUCCAUAGACAAGGUUUUACGUACGACUACGUAUUCGACUGGAAUAUGCUUAAAUUCGGCGGCUCGAGAGGCAGCCACUGCGAAGACAACGGCGGCCGUUCGGGCGCCCGCUUCGCCUCGCACGCCGCCGCCCCGGCCGACGCGGCGCCCGCCGUCCCCCAGCCGCGCGGCAGGCGGCAACCGCACGACGCGCGCAUGGACGUCGGCGGACCCGGCAACGCCGCACCCGGCGGACCCCCCACCACCCUCGACGACGUCAUCACCGGAAGUUCCCCCAAAAUGUACGACAGUUAUGAGAGAAGAGUUUCGAUGAGGCUGAGGGCGGGUCAGGCCCCCCCGAACGCCUCCACGUCAGACUUGAGCACCUCGAAACAGGCCAAGUGAGUUACUGCACUUUUUAGCGUUGUUUAACCUCCCCCCUAUCAUAAAAAUCGAAUCGAAAAAAAAAAAAAAUAGACAAUUAAGUUAAAAUCGAAAUUGGGGCGCGUAAGCUUCAUCAUCAUCAUGAAUCCUCUUUGGGCUUUCAUCAACCUCAAAAAAAAAAUCCUUUUGCGUGGGGUUUUAUCGUCGACUGGGGAAACCUAUGUGUUAUUUU